GCUCUGGCCCAGUGCGCGCCGCCGCCCGCCGCGUCCGCGUGCUCCGAGCUGGUGCGGGAGCCCGGCUGCGGCUGCUGCCUGACGUGCGCCCUGCGCGAGGGCCAGCCGUGCGGCGUCUACACCGAGCGCUGCGGCGCUGGCCUCCGCUGCCAGCCGCCGCCCGGCGAGCCGCGCCCGCUGCAGGCGCUGCUGGACGGCCGCGGGCUCUGCACCAACGCCAGCGCCGCCGGCCGCCUGCGCGCCUACCUGCUGCCCGCGCCGCCCGCGCCAGGAAACAGCAGCGAGUCGGAGGAGGAGCACAGUGCGGGGAGCAUGCAGGGCCAGCCCUUCCCCAGCGCACACCGGCUGCCUGACACCAAGCUCCAGCCCCUGCACACCAAGAUGGAUGUCAUCAAGAAGGGCCACGCCAAGGACAGCCAGCGCUACAAGCUGGACUACGAGUCCCAGAGCACCGACACCCAGAACUUCUCCUCCGAGUCCAAGCGGGAGACGGAAUAUGGGCCCUGCCGCCGGGAGGUGGAGGACACCCUGAACCGCCUCAAGUUCUUGGACACGCUCAGCCCCAGGGGCAUCCACAUCCCCAACUGCGACAGGAAGGGCUUCUACAAGAAAAAGCAGUGCCGCCCAUCCAAGGGCAGGAAGCGAGGCUUCUGCUGGUGCGUGGACAAGUACGGGCAGCCGCUGCCGGGCUUCGACGCCAGGGGGAAGGGUGACGUUCACUGCUACAGCAUGGACAGCAAGUAGACACUGCUCACCACUUCACGUGGAGCUCAGAAACGCCUUAUUUUGCACAAGAGACCGCCAAGGACAUGAUCAGCUGGCUACAGCCCCAAUUUAUAUUUCUUUUUGUGGUGAAUUGAUUUUUCUUAUAACCAAAGUUUAGAAAGAGAUGUUUGCAGCGCUAGGGUCUUCUGGAUCGUGGACUGGAGCCCCUUGCGCUCCCCGGGAGUCUGUGAGACACAGUUUGGCCUUUCCUCUUGCUUCCUUUAAAAAUUCGUGUAAGUCAAGCACAGCGCGGCCGGACCCCGCCUGUCCCCGGGGGCUGUCCCCACCUGUCCGCCGGCACGGCUGGCCCUCCGCUUCAAGACCGAGCAGUUGUUACCUCUGUAGAGUGCACGAUCCGUCCCCACUCGGCCUCUGUUCUGCAAGAAUGGGGACCCCACACCCUGCUGUCUGGAUGUCCCGGCUCCGGCGACAGAGAUCUUGCAAACCUGCAGGUGGCCUGUCCUGGGGAACUGGCAGAGAGCACAGGUGGAGUCUCACGUGUAAAAAAAAAAAAAGAGGAAAAAGACCCAGAAUGUUCUAGGGAACAACUCCAGAGACACGCGGGGGUAGGGGGGUGACUGGCCUUUGCUGCCGGCUGCAGGGGUGGGGGACCGGGGCAGCAGGACUCCCCUGGAAUGAGAGCAAUGUUCUUUGAUGACCACAGAAAAUAGCGUUUUCCGGUUCAGCAAUUCCAGAAAGAGAGUUUUUUGUUUUUUUGACAAGCUCUGUAAAGGCAAAGGAUGUUUAUUUUAUUCUCUCGCCUUUGUCCUCCUUCGCACAAUGUAAAAAGAGUAAAAACGGUUUUAUUACCUACAAAGACAGAUGGCUUGUCGGGGACGCUGGGGGCACGCCCCCCACACUUGGCCUCAUCCCCCCUAAGUCACACAUGGGCGCAGAGGAAGUAUGUUCUCCACGAGCUGUUCCCCAGAUACGCUAGAACCCGUGCGAGAUCAUCAUAGACGAGACACUAGAGAAGAGUGGGAAACACAGCCUCCACCGGGAAGCGGAGCUCUGGCAGGCGAGCGGGGGUGGGGGGGGGGAUGCCCCGGGUGGUCACACGGGUGGCUCACGGCCUCCUUGAGAACACAAAGGGGUCUCAAAACCUUCUGCCUACCUAUUAGCUUUCCUUUAUUUUUUUAAUUAAGUUUUUGGAAAAAAAAAGGUAUUUUUGAAAAGUUUGUCUUGCAUUGUAUUUAUAAAUAGUAAAUAAAGUUUUUACCAUAAAGAA